GUGUGAGAUCUCGGCUGUUGUAGUCCUCAGCGCUUUAGCGUCUCGUGCUCUCGUUGUUAUGAGUCGAACGCGGUGACUAUAAUAAAUCUCUCUUUAAAAUCGUUCCGUAAGCAAUAAAAAUAUAACUUGAUUUAAAAGUGAAAAUGGCGGACGAGCAGGAGAUCAUGAGCAAGCUGGAGAACAUCAGAGAGAUCCGUAAUAAGACGGUGCAGAUGGAGAAGCUGAAGGCUCGUCUCCGCUCCGAGUUUGCCACGCUGGAGUCUGAGGAGAAACACCUGCGAGAGUACAAACAGGAAAUGGAGCUGCUGCUACAGGAGAAGAUGGCACACGUCGAGGAGCUCCGCCUCAUCCACGCCGACAUCAACGUGAUGGAGAACACUAUAAAGCAGUCGGAGUGUGAUCUGAACAAACUGUUGGACUCGACCCGGCGGCUGCAUGAUGAGUACAAACCGCUGAAGGAGCACAUCGACACACUGAGAGCCACGCUCGGCCUGCAGAGACUCCCGGAACUCAGCCGAGAGGAGGAGCGACUCUCCCUCGAUUACUUUGAGAAGCAGAAAGCCGAGUGGCAGACAGAACCCCCAGAGCCUCCAAUCCCAGAAUCCUUAGCGGCAGCGGCAGCCACCGCCCAACAGCUCCAGGCAGCAAGGAAACAAGACGCACGACAACCAGCAACCACUUUCCGUCAACAGCCGCCGCCCAUGAAGGCAUGUCUGUCAUGUCAUCAGCAGAUCCACCGCAACGCCCCGAUCUGCCCUCUGUGUAAAGCCAAGAGCCGUUCACGCAACCCUAAAAAACCCAAGAGGAAACCCGACGAGUAACACACACACACACACAUAUAUACACUAUAGAAAUAUUCACACACACACGUACACACUAUAGAAAUAUUCAGACACACACAUACACACACACACACACAUUAUACAAAUAAACACACACAUUAUACAAAUAAACACACACACACACACACACUAUACAAAUAAACACACACACACUAUACAAAUAAACACACACACACACACUAUACAAAUAAACACACACACACUAUACAAAUAAACACACACACACUAUACAAAUAAACACACACACAUAUAUGUACAAUAUAGAAAUAUUCACACACACACACUAUACAAAUAAAUACACACACACACUAUACAAAUAAACACACACACACACACACUAUACAAAUAAAUACACACACACACUAUAAGUACACUGUUGAUUGCCUCACUUUCACUCUGUAUGUUUCUUCUUUGUAUGAUUAUUGUUAUUAUUAUAAUAAUAAUAAUUAUUAUUAGAUGAGGUGUGUGUGUGUGUGUGUAGAGAUGUGUUCAAAGCGAGAAUGUUUUAGCUAAUAAUGUUUUGUUUUUAAUAAAUGUGUUUCUUUAAUAAUGU